CUCCGAGCUUUAAAAGCAGAGCGAGACGAGGAGGCAGCCAGAAGAGCGACACCGACGGACCGAGCUGCCGGCUGGGUAAACGUGCACCAUGCGGGCCAAUAGCUUUACCUAUCUGGCCGCUGUGUUUUGUGUUGCGACGGCCAUUUCCGGCACGCAGUCCCCCUCAAAGGGCCGGUAUAAAGCGUCUAUAUUCUCAGACCUGUCCCGAGGUGAGAUGGAGUCUGUCCGCAGCUUCCUCAUGGAGCAGGAACAUCUGAAGCUGGUCUCCUCGACAAACAGCCUCUCAAAAAACACCAUCUUCACAAUGGAACUCAAUAUCCCGAAAAAACGGCACGUACUCGGCUUCCUGGACAGAAACGCUCCGCAGCCCCCCCGAGAGGCCAGGGUCAUUAUUUUCUUUGCAGACCAGGUAAAGCCUAAUAUCACCGAGUAUAUCGUGGGUCCCCUUCCUCACCCCUAUUAUUACAAACCACACAUAUCCAGAGGAAACAAAACUGUCCGCUUCGAGGCCAGGCCAUUGACUAAGACAGAAGCUAACAAGAUUAAUCAGAAGUUAACAGAGGUCACCAAAAAGUUCAACCACAUAUUGAUGGACGUGUCUGGAUACACGUUCUACAACUGCUCAGAUCGCUGUCUCACCUACAGCGACAACUCCCCGAGAGGCGUGAAGUCCGGGGAUCGCAAGUCAUGGUUCAUCCUACAGAAAUUUAUCGACGGAUACUUUCUGCAACCCAUUGGUUUCGAGAUCUUGCUCAACCAUCGAUCCACAAACCCAGAGUUGUGGACAGUGGAGAAGCUCUGGUACAAUGGCCAAUACUUUGACUCGGUGGAAGAGAUGGUUCUAAAGUACGAGAGAAAUGAAUUUGCCAAGAUCCGUUUGCCAGACGACGAGGAGAGUGAGCGCUUCUCCAGCUACUACCCCCGUGGAGAGUACAAGACCAGGUCAGACAUCAACGGACCAAAAGUGUGUGAACCUGAAGGCAAACGUUACCGGGUCCUGGGAAACUACGUGGAGUACGCCGGCUGGAGCUUCGCCUUCCGCAUACGCCUGACGGCUGGACUGCAGAUCUUUGACGUGCAAUAUAACAAUGAAAGGAUAGCAUACGAGGUGAGCCUCCAGGAAGCCAUUUCUUUCUACAGCGGGUCCUCAGCCGCCUCUCUACAGACUAAAUAUAUAGACUCCGGAUGGGGAAUGGGCUCCUCCAAUUAUGAGCUGGCCAAAGGUAUCGACUGUCCUGAAGUGGCCACUUACCAAGACGUCUACCGUUUCUACGAUUCAGAAAGACCGGUUCGUUACAAAAAUGCCCUCUGCAUCUUUGAGCUUCCCACAGGAAUCCCUCUACGGAGACACUUCGACAGGGACUCUCAGAGUGGGUUCAACUUCUACGCAGGGCUGGAGAACCAUGUCUUGGUGGUGAGGACCAUCUCUACUAUCUAUAACUAUGACUACAUCUGGGACUAUGUCUUCUAUCAGAACGGUGUGAUUGAGGUGAAGGUCAGCGCUACCGGCUACAUUUAUGCCACUUUCUUCACUCCAGAGGGCAUCGAAUAUGGCACCAGGGUCCACAGAAACGUCCUCGGGAUCCUCCACACCCACUUGAUACACUAUAAAGUGGACUUCGAUGUUGCAGGGACAGAAAACAGCUUUGAAACGAUCUCCCUGAGAUAUGAAAACAUCUCCAACCCGUGGAGCCCAGGAGACUACGUGGUCCAGUCACGAAAGGUCCACACGCUGAGGAGGACAGAAAGACAAGCCGCCUUCAGAUUCGGGAAACCCUUCCCCAAACACCUAAUGUUCCAAAACCCCAACAAGAUGAACAAAUGGGGGCAUCCGAGAAGCUACCGGAUCCAGUACAAUUCCCACGGGGACAGUGUGCUGCCCCGAGGAUGGAAAGAGGAGAAGGGGGUGUCCUGGUCGAGAUACAGGCUGGCGGUAACGCGGUACAGCGACGCCGAGAUGGCCAGCAGCAACAUAUUCAUUCAGUGUGACCCCUGGGACCCCGUUGUGUACUUCGAGAACUUCCUGCGGAAUAAUGACGACAUCGUGAACCAGGAUCUGGUGGCUUGGGUGACGGUGGGAUUCCUGCACAUCCCUCAAGCUGAGGACAUCCCAAACACGGCCACGCCGGGGAACUCGGUGGGAUUCUUUCUGCGUCCUUUCAACUUCUUUGAUGAAGAUCCUUCUGUGGCCUCCAGGAGCAUGGUUAUUGUGAGGCCUGUGGACAAAAUGUUGAAGAAGGUGAAGAUUCAGCGCUGGACCCCGGAAGUUCUCAACUUCUGUACUUCUGACGCACCGUUUCAGUACAACGGGACAUACUUAUAUGACUGAUCGGUGGGGCGAAACCAUAAGCAUCGGUCAGCGUGGCCCAUGUUAU